GGAGCAAGAGCAGGAAGAGGAAGAUGAGGAAGAGGAGAAACAGGAGAUGCUGAGGGAAGAGGAAGAGGAGAAGGUGCAGCUACCUGCGGGAGAGCAGGAAGAGAAGCUGCCCGAUCAGGACGUGGAACAGGAGGAGGAGGAGCAACCUGAGGAAGAGGAGCAGACUGAGGAGCAGCAGCAGCAGAGUGUGAAGGUGCAGCGCCGGGAACAGAUGGAGGAGUUGCAGCGCACAGAGACGGAGGAGGCGCACAGGUCUCGGGCCAAGCAGACGGAGGAGGCGCAGGACUUUGAGGAGCAGAACCACAACAACCAGGUCCUGAUCCGACUCAGAGGGAUGCAGAAAUACAAAAGUACAUCACAGAGGCUGAAGGGGGUCCUGGAGCAGAUGGACCGGGGUGUGGUGGACCUGCAGGAACUCCGCAGGAACCUGGAGCUCGCUGCUGCCAUGUUGGACAGCGUUUACACCGACGAGACCAAGCGUCUGUUGGACACCGAGGACGAGCUCAGCGACUUGCAGGCGGAGUCCGUGCCCAGCGAAGUACGCGACUGGCUGGCCUGCACCUUCACCAGGAAGAUGGGCGUGGCCAAGCGGCGUCCUGAGGAGAAGCCGCGAUUCAGGAGCAUCGUCCAUGCGGUGCAAGCAGGGAUAUUUGUUGAAAGGAUGUACAGACGGACGUCCAACAUGGCUGGUCUGACCUACCCCCCCACGGCGUUGACAGCUCUGAAGAAAGUGGAUCACUGGUCGUUUGAUGUUUUCUCCUUCCACGAGGCCACCGGAGACCACGCCCUCAAGUUCCUGGUCUACGACCUGCUGACCCGCUAUGACCUCAUCAACAGGUUCAGGAUCCCGGUGCAGGCUCUGGUGCCGUUUGUUGAAGCCCUGGAGAACGGCUACAGCAAACACAGGAACCCCUACCACAACCUGAUCCACGCCGCCGACGUCACUCAGACCGCCCACUUCCUGAUGCUGCACACUGGACUCAUGCACUGGCUCAGCGAGCUGGAGAUUCUCGCCAUGGUUUUUGCUGCAGCCAUUCACGACUUUGAGCACACAGGAACCACGAACAACUUCCACAUCCACACCAGGUCGGAGGUGACCAUUCUGUACAACGACCGUUCGGUGCUGGAGAACCAUCACGUCAGCGCCGCCUACCGGCUGAUGGCUGAGGACGAUAUGAACAUCUUUGUCAACCUGAACAAGGACGACUGGAGGGAGCUGAGGGCUCUGGUGAUAGAGAUGGUGAUGUCCACGGACAUGUCCUGUCACUUCCAGCAGAUCAAGACCAUGAGGAACGCCCUGACGCAGACUCUCAGUCUGGACAAAGUGAAGGUUUUGUCUCUGUUGCUUCACGCUGCAGACAUCAGUCAUCCGGCCAAAGCCUGGCCCCUGCACUACCGCUGGACUCACAGCCUCAUGGAGGAGUUCUUCCAACAGGGAGAUAAGGAGGUGGAACUGGGCCUCCCUUUCUCUCCUCUCUGUGACCGCAAAGCCACCAUGAUCGCCCAAUCACAGAUAGGUUUCAUCGACUUCAUCGUGGAGCCAACUUUCAGCGUUCUGAUCGACACAACGGAGAAACUGAUUGGUCCGCUGAUAGAAGAGGACAGGAAGGCCAGAGAGUCUGGAAACAGGAAGUCCAGUCUAACAGGAAGCGGUUCCGUUACCGUGGAGUCGGUGCAGAGACACAGUAGCGGGCGCUAUGGUAACAGCGAUGAAGGACAGAUGGACUUUUCCCUGACGGCCAUCGACCAGCCGGCUCUGAAGCUGCACCUGUCUGGCGUCAUCGGCAGCAACAAGGACAGAUGGAAAGAGCUGUCCGUGCACGAGCUGGCCAAUAAGGAGCAAGAAGAACAAGAGAAGGUGGAGUCUGUCAACUCAGACAUCCAAUCGCAUGCCUCGCCCAGUCACAGUGCCCCUGAUGGACACACCACUGACCAAUCACAGAACUCAGAGGGCUCCCCUCCUGAUGAAACACACAACGACAAGUCACCUGUCCACCUGAACUGGAACGGGUCGGGGCAAGCGGCGGAGAAGGCGGAGGACAAUGAUGAUGAUGACGAAGUGCCUGAAAAAGCCUGAUGACGCUCCACGGCGAACUUACCACCGUGUCUGACUGUGGCAGAUCACCGUGGCGACAGGAGGUGGAACGGUGCAGUGACAACGACACGGUUCAGACCCUGCUGUUCAAACGCAGCUGCUGACUCGACGGCAUCUCAAGUGGCCGCCAAAAAAGAAAAAAAGGCCACUCGACGUUACGUUCACAACUGACCACAAACAUACCAGAUUCAAAGUGACGACAUUCAUCAGACCAACAGCUUCUUAGCAGCUUCGCAGCCCGUUCGCUGUGGUGAAAGUGUUUCAUGAUUUCAUUUGAGCAUGGGCGUCAGAACCAUUGUGUGUGGGUGGGACAAGACCCGCCCACUUUUUGGGACCAAUGAUAUCACACCCACUCACUUUUCAGCGCAUCUGGCUUUUACCUUUCAGAGCGCCGUCAGUCAAAUCCAUUCCACCUGAGGAAUGCCCAAAAUAUAUUAAAGUCAUAACGACAGUAAGUCGCGUGGCUAUGACACAAUCGUUAGUCUAUUUUUACAAAAAACGUCUGCUACGCGGCCAUAACGUGAGAUAUAAGGUAAUGGAGCCUUUUAUACAUUUACAUGUUUCUUUAGAAAUAAACAAUGGACAAAUAGAGUCUUUAAACGCUUCAGAUGUAAAGUUAUUCGCUGUCAAAUUGACGCUAAAAUGAAUGGGAGUCAAUGGGAUGCUAACGGGAGGGUGAUGGCUUGUUAGCCUAGAAUCUCUCCCAUUGGAGGUAUGCUUUCCUUGGUCCAUAUAAAUUAUGGUGAGUUUUCACUACUCACAGCAAGGUCAAAGCAUCUUAUCGUGUCUGCUGCUCAGGUAAAUCUGGCUGCGUGCUCACAUACUGUCACUUAACAAGCUGGUAUUAAAGUGGAUUGUCAUCA